CUCAGACUUUACUCACAUUAUAACUCCAUUUGCUUCACCAUCAUACAGUACCUCAACUUCUACAGAAAUCAACAAUGAAGUCUCAGGUCACACUGUUGCUCAUCUGCAUGCUUUUCUCUAAAGCACUGUCUCUGACAUGUCAACAGUGUCUGCCAACUGCAACAUCUGCAACAUGCCAACCUACUCAGACAAUCUGUUCAAAUCAGUGUGUCACUUCAACCAUUGCUGUGUCCUCGAAUGGUGGAAAGAGUACAAAUAAUAUUCAGACAUGUGGAGCACCAGACCUCUGUGUAAAUGGAAGUCUGAAUAUGGGAUCACUGAAAUUCACCUCCAACAGUAAAUGCUGCAGUACUGAUCUCUGCAACACUGAAAAACUUCCAGAGCUUCCACAGCAGCCUUCCAAUGGUAGAAUGUGUUACACCUGUAAUAAUGACAAAUGCUCGGAAACAGUGAGCUGUACAGGAGAUGAAGAUCGUUGCAUCAGCGCAUCAGUUCAACAAGGGGGAAUUAGUGUGUCUUUUAAAGGAUGUGUGUCUGCAAGUGUCUGUGCUGCAAUUGGAUCAUUAAGCACACCAGGAAUCGGCUUUACUAAUUUUCAGUGCUGUGAGGGAAAUCUGUGUAACAGCGCUGAGAGCUUCACACUGAGUUUCCUUCCCAUGAUUGUUCCUCUGCUCUUUUCCAUCUUCUUCUACUGAGCUCAGAGUUGAUGCACCCUAUUUAAACCUUUAUCAACAUGAAAUUCAAAUCUGUUUUUGAAAAAUUUAUAUAGAGGUAAAAAUAUAAAGUGUGUUUUUGGUUGUGGCUUUUAUUUUUCGCUUUUGUUUGAAAAUCAACUGUCCAAAAAAUAUAGAAAAAGUUAAACUUAAAGCAGCAACAUUCAUUUAAUUUUAAUGAGAACUAAAUAAAAUGUUUUUAACUUAUAGUAGGCCCCUAAUUUAUUUUUUACUAUUGUUUAUAAUAAUCUCAGUUUUUAUUAUUAUUAAUAAUAUUGCUAAAUCUUGUAUUGUUAGAUAACUAAACUGAUGUGCAUGUUCAUUAAAUGUAUGUAAUAAAGGGAAA